UUCAGUUCCGCUUGUUCUCUAGUCGUUGCGACAAUGUUCAGUUGUAUAUCGGCCCGUUGUGGAGGACUGCGGAGUUUUAGUUCAACAGCCACCACAGACGAAACAUAAAGCUUUAAUCAUGGUGAAUGUAAAGAAACGGAAAGGUCGAGUCGUUAUCGACUCUGACUCUGAAGACAGCGCCAGUGAUGAUAAUUUAGAUCAAGAGCUUCUGUCUCUGGCCACCAAGAGGAAGAGGGUGGACUCGGAUGACCAGCAGGAUAACCAACAGGAUGACCAGCCAGUCAGUAAGCCUGCAGCCUCAUCAGACUCGGAGACAUCAGACAGCGACGAUGAGUGGACCGCCGGUGGUCCUAAAGUCAAGAAGAAAGUUAAGCCAGGGAAACCAACAACAACAGAGAAGAAGAAAGAGGCCGCGAAGAAGAAGGCACAUAAAGCUGCAUCGUCCGGUAGUUCUGGUGGAGACAGUUCAGCUGACAGUUCUGCCCCCGAGGAGGGUGAGGUGUCUGACUCCGAGAGCAACAGCUCUGCCUCCAGCUCAGACUCCUCGUCGGAGGACGAUGUCUUCAGGGACGACUACGGAGAGGACCUGAUGGGAGACGAGGAGGACAGGGCUCGGCUGGAGCAGAUGACCGAGAAGGAGAGGGAGCAGGAGCUCUUCAACAGGAUAGAGAAGAGGGAGGUGCUCAAGAGGAGAUUUGAAAUUAAAAAGAAACUGAAGACGGCAAAGAAGAAGGAGAAAGAGGAGAAGAAGAAGAAGGAUGAGGAAGAACGGAAGAAACGAGAGAGAUCAUCCGGUCAUCAUGAAGACCGGACUCAUCAGGACCUGCAGGUGGUUAUGUCCCACAACAAGGAGAGGAGAACUAAACGGGAUGAGAAGCUGGAUAAAAAGUCUCAGGCCAUGGAGGAACUGAAAGCGGAGAGAGAGAAAAAGAAAACGAGGACAGCGGAGCUCCUGGCGAAACGGCAGCCCCUGAAGACCAGCGAGGUGUACUCUGACGACGAGGAGGAGGAAGAGGAGGAGGAUGAAGACAAAUCCUCAGUAAAGAGCGAUCGCAGUUCACGCUCUUCAUCUUAUUCCGAAGACGAAGAGAAAGAGGAGACGCCACCAAAAUCUCAGCCCGUGUCACUACCAGACGAGCUGAACCGGGUCCGUUUGUCCCGCCACAAACUGGAGCGCUGGUGUCACAUGCCGUUCUUCCAGAAGACCGUCAGCGGCUGCUUCGUACGGAUCGGCAUCGGGAACAGUAGUAGCAAACCAGUUUACAGGGUGGCUGAAAUAGUUGACGUGGUAGAGACGGCUAAAGUGUACCAGUUGGGAACGACCCGGACGAACAAAGGACUACAUUUACAGCAUGGUGGUGAUACCCGAGUCUUCAGACUGGAGUUUGUGUCCAAUCAGGAGUUCACAGAAAACGAGUUCAUGAAGUGGAAGGAGGCGAUGAUCAUAGCCAGUAUGCAGGUUCCUACUCUAGAUGAGAUCAAUAAGAAGGAGCAGGCCAUCAAAGAGGCUUGUAACUACAAAUUCAACGACAAAGACAUCGAGGACAUUGUUAAAGAGAAAGACAGAUUCAGAAAGGCUCCUUCCAACUACGCCAUGAAGAAAACAUCACUACUCAAAGAUAAGGCCAUGGCUGAGGAGAGUGGAGAAGGAGACCGAGCCAAAGAGAUCCAGGACCAGCUGAAUGAGUUGGAGGAGAGGGCCGAGCAUCUGGACAGACAGAGGACCAAAAACAUCUCUGCCAUCAGCUACAUCAACCAGAGGAAUCGUAGCUGGAACAUCGUGGAGUCUGAGAAGGCUCUAGUCGCUGAAGGACAGAAUGCCAAGAUGCAGAUGGACCCGUUUACUAGACGGCAGUGCAAACCGACCAUGGUGUCUAACGCCAGAGACCCUUCAGUCCAUGCAGCUAUCCUCCAACACCUCAAUGAGAAGUACGGAGAAGGGUCCGGCAAAGAGAUGGACUUGGAGUUUGAGAUGGGCAGAGGAGCAGGACAGGCUGCUCUGAAAGUCAUCGACCCUACUAAGAACACCAGCGACCUAUCAGAGGACCUCUUUAAAGUCCACGACUUUGACGUCAAGAUUGACCUACAGGUUCCCAACGCAGAAGCCAAGUCUCUGUCAGUGAGCGCCAACACCCUGGCAGUGAAGGACGGUGCUCCACGUAGGUCUCUCAACCUGGAGGACUACAAGAAGAGGAGGGGCUUGAUCUAAAGAACUACAGGAAGAGGAAGGGCUUGGUCUAAUGAACUACAGGAAGGGGCCGUGGUCUAAUGAACUACAGGAAGAGGAUUGGUCUAAUGAUCUACAGGAAGAGGAUUGGUCUAAUGAUCUAAUAGCCUAACCCCUCAGUCAGUCAGAACCACCUGCACGUGUUGGUUGGCCAUUCUACCUGUGUGGGUGAGAGAGAUGUGAGGUGUGUGUGUGUGUGUGUGUGUGUGUGAGAGAGAUGUGAGGUGUGUGUGAGAGAGAUGUGAGGUGUGUGUGUGUGUGAGAGAGAUGUGAGGUGUGUGUGUGUGUGUGUGUGUGUGUGAGAGAUGUGAGGUAAGUGUGUGUGUGUGUGUGUGAGAGAUGUGAGGUAAGUGUGUGUGUGUGUGUGUGUGUGUGAGAGAGAUGUGAGGUAAGUGUGUGUGAGAUGUGAGGUAAGUGUGUGUGUGAGAGAGAUGUGAGGUAUGUGAGGUGUGUGUGUGUGUGUGAGAUGAGAUGUGAGGUAAGUGUGUGGGUGAGAUGAGAUGUGAGGUAAGUGUGUGGGUGAGAUGAGAUGUGAGGUAAGUGUGUGGGUGAGAGAGAUGUGAGGUAAGUGUGUGUGUGAGAUGAGAUGUGAGGUAAGUGUGUGUGUGAGAUGAGAUGAGUGUGUGUUUGAGUAGUGUGUGUGAGAGGGAGGGAUGUGAGGUAAGUGUGUGUGUGUGUGAGAGGGGACAGAGUGUGUGUACACUAGAGACUGUCCAUUUUAAAACUGGUAGGAAAUAUUAAGAGUUGGCUACUUUUCUCUCUUUGAAGAAAGUUGUCCACCUUUUAAUUUUUAAAGUCGUACUUUGAAUUGUUUUUUCUUUUUUUCUCUGGUUAUUUCUACGUUUUUUUAAAUAAAUAAAUCUUACGUUGGUUCAUACGGAUCUGAAGUUCACUCCAUUUGGUGUCCAUUGUCUUGUAAGACUUAGAUUUGUUGAAAUACUGAAUCUGGUUUCCCCAUCAACAACAGACUGGAUAUCUUUCGUGCCUGAUUUCAGGGCAGUUCCACCUGCACGGUUCACUAGAGGUGUAGAGGUGAAGUUGCCUCCUAGACGCUGAUCUUGGGUCAACCACUAACGGUUGAGGUUUGGGGGGGGGGGGGGGGGGGUAAACUGAUUCUAGAUCUGUAGCUAGGGGGAAACUUCACCCCUUUUUUUUUUUUGCCUCUUAGACUGCAGAGCUGUUAUCUACUUACAGUAUGUGUCACUUUUUCUCCCCCCCACCCCCCCCCCCCCCCAAGUCUACAAAAAGAAACGGAUUAAUCUUUUUACAUGGAUCUAAACUUUUAAUCUCUAGUUUCUAGUUUUUAUGUUGCUUUUUGUUACCUCCCAUUGUCAGAGCAGAUUAUAAGUGUUUUCGAUUGUUCCUGUAUUGAUGUGGCAUGCCAUGUGUAUAUGAUACAGUUUGGAGCGAGGCAGAAUAAAGAGGGGUUUCGUACCGUU